AGGGUGACCUUCGCGUGCAGCACUGGGCUGUGUACACUGAGCGGACGAUACCGUCAUCACUUCCAACACGACAACCCUCAGGACCGGUGGGAAAAAAAACGACGAACCCACCGUAAAUGGGUUUAACACCACUUCGGUCGUUACGUUCGUCGCUCCGGUUUCCCUCGACCCAUUGUUGUGGAGGGAUUAUAGUGUUCACGUCUCGCCGAGAAGCCUUUGGACCCCCAGACAGCAGCGGCAGCCAUAGCUCGGUCCUCGACGCCAGAGAAUACUGUAAUCUUCCCCGGCAAUGGCGGCCUUUAGUCACCAGGUGAUCUCUGCAGUCACAAGAUCGAGGGGAUCAUAUUUGCUAUCCAAGAGGCACAGCUGCUCCUCUCUGUCUCUUAAAGCCUAUCUCCACGUAGACCCUACCCGCCAUGUCCUGUCCUCAUUCCCACUCAGGCAUUCCCGCUAUGGCUACCCCCACUGUUACAGAGGCCACACCCUCAGACACGGCCAGUGCCCCGCCCUGCUCGCCCAUUCUCUACACAGCUCAGGUGUUUGGCUCCAGGAUAUAAAGCAAGAAGACACUAAGGCCCCACGGGCUGCUGCCCAAGAAGCUUCUUCUGGGAUUAAAAAUGACUCCACUGUGUCCACUGCGCCCCAGUCUCAACCGCCAGCAUCUACCACCACAGCGGCCGCCGUUCCUCCGGUGCAGGAGAGGGCAGUCGUGAAAAAGUCUCUGUAUCAGAGGGUUGUGGACGAGUUGAAGCAUUACUACAAUGGCUUCCGGUUACUUGGCAUUGACAUUACGAUUGCAGGCAGGAUGGUGUGGAGGCUUUUACACGGACAACUGCUCUCACGCAGGGAGAGGAGAAGGCUGAUGAGGACGUGUGCUGACCUGUUCCGUCUGGUGCCCUUCAUGGUGUUCAUCAUUGUUCCUUUCAUGGAGUUUCUUCUUCCCGUCUUCCUCAAACUCUUCCCGGAGAUGUUGCCCUCCACUUUUGAAACGGAGACCAAAAAGGAGGAGAAGCAGAAGAAGGGUCUGGCUGCGAAGCUGGAACUUGCCAAGUUUCUCCAGGAGACCAUCGCUGAGAUGGCCCGAAGAAAUAAGGCUAAGGCUCAGACGGAGGAUGAAACGCAGCAAUUCUCCACAUACGUUCAAAAGGUCCGGGGCACCGGCGAGCAGCCCACCACGAAGGACAUCGUCCGGUUUUCGAAGCUGUUUGAGGACGAACUGACGCUGGAGCACCUGGAGCGCCCCCAGCUGGUGGCUCUGUGCAAACUGCUGGAGCUGCAGCCCAUCGGCACCAACAACUUACUCCGUUUUCAGCUGAUGAUGCAGCUCAGGACCAUUAAAUCAGACGACGAGAUGAUCGCAGCAGAAGGUGUGGCAGCUAUGAGUGUGUCAGAAUUACAGGCAGCUUGUCGUAGUCGUGGGAUGAGGUCUCUGGGUCUCACCACUGAUCAGCUACGUCAGCAGAUGCAGCAGUGGUUGGACCUGCACCUGAAGGAGAACGUUCCUCCAUCACUGCUGCUGCUCUCCAGAGCCAUGUACCUGACUGAAAUCAAACCAAAACCCCCCAUCAUCCCACCUGUUCCCAAACUAGAGAAAACGACUCCUCCCCCGAUGGAGAAUACAGGAGCAAGUACACCAUCAGUCAGUACUGACAUGUUGGCAGACCCUGCUCUCAUCAUCAAAGACAGAUCGGUGGAGGAGUUGAGAGACAAGGCUCCUGUACUGUCGGACAAACCUCUGACGCCGGCCGAAGUCCUUCAGGCUAAAGCAGCAACAGAGGUGUCACAGAAGAGCAAGAUGAGUGCCAACGGUGUGUAAAGAGGAGCAGGAGCCACUGGACUGAAGGGUGGAUGGACCUUCACAGACCUGUGUCCUCGGUGGGGAGUGAGGGAGCCACUGGCGGUUUAUAUUUCAGUAUCCAAAAAUUAUUUAAAGGCGCCUCUAUAAAAUAGUAGAGAGCGGCAGAGAGAAUGUUUCUGGCAUCCGAUAACAGCAGAUCACUCAUCUGGGAGUUCCCGUUGGCUUCUCACCCCUCUCUCUGUUGACGACCAGGAAAGGUCUGCUGCCUCUUCUGCCUCAUCUCAGCAGCAGCGUAUUCAGACCCUCAGUCCCUCGACGUUCACUUUUGUGCACUCCGUUCUCAGUAACUCUCCAUUAGAGCUGGACGAACCAGCCCGGAACCUCAUUGGACUCGCAGCCCGCUGACGUCAUGAUUUUUUUUGACCUAAUGUCCAAGAAGAACCUAUAAACCGCCCAUGGCUGUCGCAUUCGAUGGUGUCUAUUCACAGUAUAGACGGUCUCCUCUUCCGCCUGUAAAUUUGUAAAUUUGUUGUACAAUUUUCCCUCCGUCUUAUAACGCACAAAUGGCGUUGUACAGUUUGUUAUGCAAAGGCCUAAUGUCUCUUGUUUUGAGUUUUUCCUCUUUUAGCAGUUUUAUUUUGUUUUAUUUGCAAACAUUUUAAGCUCCUGUUCAGGAUGAAAGAUAACUUAUCCAGUUUCUGCUGAACGCGCUGACACCAGGACACGUCAUAGUCUCAUUUAGCCAGCAGGUGGCACAGCAGAUCUGGACCGGCCUCCGAUCACAGUAACAGUGUCGUUUCUCGCUGCUUAAGUUAGCAAAUGAAGACUGGGAUGUUAUCAAGAGAGUGGUCACUCCUUUAACCCAGAGGUGACUUGUAAAUUGCAGUCUGGACCCACCAGUUAACCACUGAAUGGACAAUCUGAAGGAAAAAAAGGACAUUUUAUUUUGCAUCUACGGUGUAUGAAUUGUGUUUUAAGACUAAUGCGAAGAUUUCUCUAAUCUAAAAAGAGUAAAUGCUUGAUAUUAUUAAGAUAUAUUACUAAUGUGGGAGAGAAGCUUAAACACUGAAGCCACAAAUGAGAUUAAUGAUAUUUCUGGUAUUGUGGCACUAAAAGAGGAAAAUGUGUAGCAUUAUAACUGACUCGCCCAAGCUCUCACUAAUACUGUAUGUGACCCUACAAGUUGUAUUGGAAGGUUUACCGCAUAGAUGUGUACUGUGCAAAUACAUUUUUGUGUGUUUUGUACCCCGCCCCCCCCCCCCUUAUUCAUUUGACAUUGUUGGAGUACAGUAACUCAUUUCAUUGCAGCUGGAUAGAAGUUUUUUUCCUCAUUGCUAUUUAUCCGUAGGCACCCGCCAGAGGUGGAUGCCAUAGAUGAAAGGAUAUUUUUAAAGCACACCGAUGCUACUGCUAAUGAAGAUUUAUAUUAUUAGUAUUACAUAUGUGCCUAGGGUUAAAGGGCGAUUGGGGUUUGUGUUUGCAUUUUUUCAUCAAAGAACAGAGUUUGUCAGUUUGCACUUUGAUCAUUCACAUCAGUGAGUUUAAAAUCGCCCUGUUGCACCUUUUUUUUUUUUCUUAAGUGGAAUGUCUCAUUUCCUCUUCCCAUUUGAUCCCAGUUCAAAUCCAAACGAAUGCUUCCUUCAUAAUCACCAGUGGUGAUACUGAUGGAAAAUGGUCACAUCAUCAUUCAUGCAGCUUUUAUAGCAGAAACAAAUUGUGCUUUUUAAAGGGUGACUUGACACCAGGCUCUGUUUCAGCCCAUGUUCACCUCUGACAGCAGCCAGCAUCACUCUGUGUGUUUAACAACUGUUUUGAAGUGCAUUUUCAAUUUGGACAUGAAAACAAACCCGUCACCGAACUUAACACAGUGUAUGUCUGACCUGGGACCUCUGGGUCCCGCAGAUGUUCGUCUAUUCUUUAACGACACGUGUCAUUGAUCUGUUGAGAACGAUGUCGUGUUGACUUGAUCUGGCAGGCUUCCUGAUUUGAUGAUGUUUGAUGACUGUAGUACUGUGUACUGCAUGAUUAAAAGAUUGCACAGCAAAUAAGCAAUGGUA